AUCGAAAGGCGCUCGCACUGCGGCGGCGACCAAUGAUGAUGUGGCCGAAGCCCAGCCUAGACACGGGCUACCCAUUUCCAAGCCACUCCGGAGCAUGAGGAUCUUAAGGAGUUCAUUUGGAUUCUCAAGAAGACUUAAAAGACUUCUCAAAGUGGAAAGCCGUAGACCAGUUGAAUCUGAAUCACUGACUUCACUAGCUUGGACACCACCAAUACAGAUUUUUGUUAGCAAAGAACCUGGUAUUUUCGUGUUGGAUCAAAGAAGAAGAUUUUCAAUCAUGCCUGAAAUAGAAACAAACCAGAGAGACUCUGACUUGUUUUCACCACCUUCUGAUGUUCGGGGAAUGACUAAACUUGAUAGAACAGCUUUUAAAAAGACUGUCACCAUCCCUGUGCUUAGAGUGAGAAAAGAAAUAGUCAAUCAGUUGAUGCGAUCCCUUAAAAGAGCAGUACUGCAGCGCCCAGGCACUAAGCGUGUGAUUGAAGAUCCAGAAGAUGAAGAAAUUAGACUAAUUAUGUUGGAUCCCUCUAAAAUGCUUACUGAGAAUUCCUUUGAGAAAGCAGAACUCAGUAUUUUAGAGAAAUUUAAUGUCAAUCCACAGAUAUCUAAAUAUAAUUUAGAACUAACUUACGAAGAUUUCAAGUCAGAAGAAAUCCUAAGAGCUGUGCUUCCUGAAGGUAAAGAUGUGACUUCAGCAUUUAGCAGAGUUGGACAUAUUGCCCACCUGAACCUUCGAGAUCAUCAACUACCUUUCAAGCAUUUAAUUGGCCAAGUUAUGAUUGACAAAAACCCAGGAAUCACAUCAGCAGUAAAUAAAGUCAAUAAUAUUGAUAAUACAUACCGAAAUUUCCAAAUGGAAGUGCUGUCUGGAGAGGAAAACAUGAUGACCAAGGUUCGAGAAAACAACUACACCUAUGAAUUUGAUUUUUCAAAAGUUUAUUGGAAUCCUCGCCUCUCUACAGAACACAACCGCAUCACAGAACUUCUCAAACCUGGGGAUAUUUUAUUUGAUGUUUUUGCUGGAGUUGGGCCCUUUGCAAUCCCAGUGGCAAAGAAGAACUGCACUGUAUUUGCGAAUGACCUGAAUCCUGAAUCCCAUAAAUGGCUGUUGCAUAAUUGUAAAUUAAAUAAAGUGGACCAAAAGGUAAAAGUCUUUAACUUGGAUGGGAAAGACUUCCUCCAAGGACCAGUCAGAGAAGAGUUAAUGCAGCAGCUGGGACCACACUCACAAGAAAGAAAACAUUCUAUGCACAUUGUCAUGAACUUGCCAGCAAAGGCUAUUGAGUUUCUCAGUGUUUUCAGUUCACUUUUAGAUGGUCAGCCAUGCAAUGAGUUCCUUCCUAUAGUGCACUGUUACAGCUUUUCCAAAGAUGCCAAUCCUGCUAAGGAUGUUCAGCAACGUGCUGGAGCUGCACUGGGCAUUUCCUUGGAGUCAUGCAGUUCAGUUCACAUAGUAAGAAAUGUAGCCCCUAAUAAAGAAAUGCUCUGCAUCACCUUUCAGAUUCCUGCUGCUAUACUCUACAAAGACCACACUCUAAAUCUAGAAAAUCACGAACAUCCACCUCUUAAACGCCAGAGGACUGAGAAAGCCUUUUCAGAAGAAAAAACACAAAUUGCUUCAACUGACUGAAAAAUCUGAUUCCAUCUUUCUACUAGACUUUAGUUAAAUAUUAUUUGAAUAAUUUCAUGAAAUUUUAGCAUUGUUACUUUAGUACUGAACCCUUAUGCUUUUGCUGUUUUAUAAAUUAAUCUUAAUGAUUGUUAAACUUUAAAAUAAGUCUGCUAAAUAAAUUUUAUUGUUUGU